UUCUAAAUAGCUCAGUUUUCUACUUGAAGUAUGGCUGCUCAAGGAAGUAAUAUUGAUAAAGAAACAUCAAGUGGUAAUAGUAAUGGAUCAUUAGAACUGUAUUGUUGGUAUUCUUCGUUUUAUAGUCGAAAGGUUUUGUUUGCACUUCAUGAGAAAUGUUUAAACUUCAAGUCAAUUAUUGUUGACUUAAGUAAAAUUGAGCAAUAUCAGCCAUGGUACCUAAGGUUAAACCCUCGAGGAGAAGUACCCACCUUAAAAGAUGGAGUGAAAAUCAUACCUGAUUCAGGGCGAAUUCUUGACUACCUAGAAGAUAAUUUCAGUAAUGGAAACACUCCACGGCUGAUGCCAGAAAAAGGAACAGAAGAAAUACAACACGUGAAAAAGAUGAGAGAUCUUCUGGUUGUAGUUCCUAUACCUUUGAUAACAUUUGGGUGUCUUUAUCAUCCUGAUUUGACUACUGAUAUGAAGAUUUCUUCAUGUGAAAGAAAAAAACGUUUAAGCUUUAUGUCAAAUAUAUCAAAUAAUCUGGACCAGUUGAUGGAGAAAUAUCCAGAAUUUAAAGAGGUGUAUGAAGAAAAGAAACAACGUUUACAGACUUUUUUAUCCGAGUUCCAAGAUGGAAACAAAGUAAAGACAGCUCUAGAUAAUUUGGAGGUAACAUUAGACAUUGUGGAACAAGAACUAGCUUCACAUACAGGAGAUAAAAGCUCCUGGUGGUUAUGUUGGCAAAACUUUGCUAUCCCUGAUAUUAUCUUGACAUUGAUUCUUCAACGUCUAAGCGACCUUGGACUUUCUAAUCGUUAUUUAAUUAAAGAUAAACGACCUCACCUGUCUCAGUAUUUCAAACAAGUUCAAGAGAGAGAGGCAUACAAGAAGACAUUUCAUCAAAGAGCUGGGUUUUUAUGUAAAAUCUGCUGCGACAAGAAAAGAGGUGUAACUGCAAUUGGAGUAGUAGCAGUUGUAGUUGGUGUCAUAGCUUUUGGAGCUUUAGCAUAUAGACGAAUGAAGUAGAUGUUAAAGUAUUGAACGCAGCUUACUGGAAAACAUUCCAUUAAAUUAAACAUCUGUUUAAAUAGCUUGUUUGUAGAGUGCACAGUUUCCUAUUAAAUGUAACUUCUAGGAUUUGUCAAGUUGUCUUUAAACAUGAUGUUGAGAAACAAUGUUUAUAAUUGUUGCUGUGAUCUGGCAUUUACUUACAAGACAAAAUACUUAAAGUUCAUUAAAAUAAUAUUGGAAAUAUAUUGUCUUUGAACAAGAUAAUUCCAUAGAAUAAAAUUGUUGGUGUUCAACAUUACCUGUUUCAAACUAGUAACCUUAACUUGGACAGUUGUUGGCAUUUUAAGAUAAUUCCACCUCUGGUUAAAAAAAAAAGAAAUAACUAUCCUGUUAAGUCAGUUAUCAUGUACAAUGCUGGUAUUUUAACCCAUUUAGUCAUGAAUUUUUUCAUAUCAAUGUUGAAAUUAUAUACUUUUUUAUGUUACCAGUAUUAAGAAAUGAUUCAUCAUAAAAGUAAAAGACAAAAGGAGAAAUAGUUAUAACAUAUAUAACCAUUGUUUAAAAAAUGGACAAAGGUACCAAAUGGAUCCAAAUUAUAUACAGCAAUUUUAUAAGAUAAUAUCCAUGAUAAUAGACACACUGACUGAAUGGGUUAAAAAGCUAUUGUCACAGGUGAAAAAGUAAUAUCACCUGAAGCAAAUCAAUGUGUAAAGAGCUGAUUUUUUAUUUUAUUUAGUAUUUUGCUUUGGAAUUAAGAAUUAAUAGAUGUAUAGAAUUUUAGUUUAUUUAAAGUGUUGUUGCAACCUGAAGAAAUAAUAUUUUGUACCAAGUUAUGGAACAUAGUUCUUUGUUUGAAAUCUAAUGGGAUUUUGAUUCGUUCAUGUAUAGUUGUAAUAAUUUCAUGAUACUUUUUGGAACUUAAUUCAAACAUCAGGUUUGGACUUGGCAGUACAUGUGGUUUUAAACAUUCCAAGUGUUACAAAUAAAUAAAAAUGUUAAGAAACUUUCUGUUAUACUUGUUGUAUAAAAUUAUUUUCUUAUUGCCCAGGUCGCAAUGUUAAUGCUUAUUAGACUAUGCACUUUUCAUCAGUGCAUAUAUAAAUAUACUGAAACAAGUUUCUAACCAGUGUCUACAGAUGGAUUCAUAUCAUGACUUUAAAAGUAAUAUUUGUUACGUAAAGAAAACAUGAAGUUUUGUUUAAAACUUUCUAGCUAGAUAAAGUGCACCUGUAUUAUUGAAACAGAUGGUAAAAAGCAUGCUGUUAUACAAAUAGUAAUUUCAUUGAAAACCAUUUUAUGGUUGGUAGUUUUAUAUUGUGAACCUAGCCUAAGUGAUUGGAUAUUAGAAAACACAUUUCACCUACUUAUUGACUAUGGUUGUUGACAUUUCCAAAUUAGCACUUUAUUAAUUACUAGUUUUGAUAAGAAAUCAAUCCUGUCAGUUUGUAAAACGACAGCAAGAAGUUUAAGAUUCAUUUUGUGGUAAUUUUUAGAACUUUUUUUCUUCUUGUUACAAUCAUCUUUAAAGAAUUUUGUAAUAUGAUGCUAUAAACAUAUAUUAAUAAUAUUCAUACACAAAAAAUGUCCCCAUUUGUCAGUUU